AUGGAUUGGAAAAGUGCAAAGAUUCUUCUAGCAUCUACAGCCACUGUAGUAGUUGCUUCACAGGUGGUGAAAAAAUUAUGCAAAUAUUUUUUCGAUCAAAGAAAAACUCCAGAUUGCGACCCAAUUAGUGAUGACACAUGCAGUGAUGUUUUAAAUAUGAAAAACCGUGAAAUAAAUGAUGUUAUAUUAUUCUCGGAUGAUGUUGUUCGGCACACAAUCAGAGUCCCACCAAAUAAAGAUGUAACUAUAUGUGAAAGCAGAGAAUUAAAUUGUUUUAAAUUAAUCAAAUAUAUUAAGUCAGCCCGGGAAACUCUAGAUGUUUGUAUGUACCUUAUAACAAGCAGUGAAAUAGCAGAACAAAUAAUAAGGUUGGGACAGAAACAUGUGCUUGUAAGAAUAGUUGUUGACAGUGAUAUGGCAUUCACACCUCCUUCGCAAAUUAAGAAAUUAAAGGAAUAUAGUUUUAUUCAAGUGCAAAUGAAUAAAAAAUCCAUUCUGAUGCAUCACAAAUUCUGCAUCAUUGACGGUCCAAAAGCUAUCAAGAGAAAAAAUGUACUUAAAGCAUAUGCAGAAAAAUUAAACGUACAUGCACAAUUUGCCAGACACCCCAUAAAACAGCUCAAACCAAAACCUGUCAGAGGUUUUGUAAUGUCUGGUUCAUUGAAUUGGUCCACUCAGGCAAUGGUUUCUAAUCACGAAAGUGUUAUUGUAACAUCUAAUUCUAAUAUCGUCAGUAAAUUCGAGAAGGAAUUCGAAAGUCUAUGGGUGGAGGAUGAACCGGUGCUUAUGUCUAAUAUGUGA